AUGGAACCUAAUACAGUUUUUGGACAAGAAAAAUUUACAGAGAGUGAAAGUGUGGAAAUUUCAAAUAUUUUAUCACAAAGUUUACCAGAAGAAGAGGCAUCAUUCAGACCAGGUCCUGGUGGAACGACUGUUACAUAUUUAGAAAGUUGGAGAGCAAUUAAUUUAGCUAAUAAAAUUUUUAAAUUUAAUGGUUGGAGUUCAUCAAUUAAAGAAUUAUCACCAGAUUUUAUUGAGGAGAUUAUAGUUCCUGGUGGUGUUAAAUAUAAAGUGGGUGUUACAGCUAUUGUUCGUGUUACUUUAAAAGAUGGCACUUACCAAGAAGAUGUUGGUUAUGGUUGCUCCGAUAACCCAAGUAAAGGUACUGCUAUUGAAAAUGCUAAAAAGGAAGCAGUAUCAGAUGCAAGAAAAAGAACAUUAAGAUUAUUUGGUGAUGGUCUAGGUAAUUCAUUAUAUGAUAAAGAGGCCAAUAAACAACUCGGUAUAACUCUCAAGAACGCCAAAAAAAAUGCAGCAAAACCUCCAGCAAAACCAAAUACCAGCACUACACCAACACCAACACCAGCACCAGCACCAACUACUACAGCUGCUACUAAUCAAGCUCCUGCACCAAAACCAACAUCAAACCCGCCACUAAAAAAUAUAACCAAUAAACCAUUUGCAUUGCCAUCUAUUAAACAAGCCCCGCAACCACCUCAAAUACCUCAAAAACCACAGCAACAACCACAACAACAGGCUCAACAACAAAUAGAUCAAAUUGACAUGGACCCAGAGUUUGAUUUUGAAUAA